AUGGGUGACUUCACAAGCUAUGGAGGCUCUGACGAGGAGAACGCCGAGAUUCGAAAGCUCAAUACCGAAGUCGAAGCCGACCCCGACAGCUUCGAGGCUUGGGAGAAACUGGUGCGCGCGUGCGAAAGCCUCGAAGGCGGUCUCAAUAGAAACUCCAGCCCCCAGGCCCUAGCAACACUGCGCGAUGCGUACGACCGAUUCCUCAUCAAGUUCCCUCUCCUGUUCGGGUACUGGAAGAAGUACGCCGACCUCGAGUUCAACAUCUCGGGCCCAGAAUCGGCGGAGAUGGUCUACGAGCGAGGCUGCGCCAGUAUCACCAACUCGGUCGACCUCUGGACCGACUAUUGCUCCUUCAAGAUGGAGACCACUCAUGUCGCGCAUCUCGUGAGAGAACUCUUCGAGCGGGCUGCGACCUACGUGGGACUCGAUUUCCUGGCACAUCCCUUCUGGGAUAAGUAUAUCGAGUACGAGGAGCGGCAAGAGGCCCACGAUAAGAUCUACGCGAUCCUCAAGCGUGUCAUCCACAUACCCAUGCACCAGUAUGCGCGGUACUACGAGAGAUUCCGAACGCUGUCGCACUCCAGGCCCCUGGAAGAAGUGGUCGAGCCGGAGGUUCUGACUCGGUUCCGAGCCGAGGUCGACGCUGAGGCUGCCCCAUUCGGUGUGGUCAAGUCGGAACUCGAGAUCGAACGCGACAUAAGGGCAAAGGUCGAUGCCACGUUCUAUGACGUCUUCCAAACAACUCAAUCCGAGACGACAAAGCGUUGGACGUAUGAGUCGGAAAUCAAGCGGCCGUACUUUCAUGUCACGGAGCUGGACCACUCCCAGCUUGCAAAUUGGCGCAAGUACCUGGAUUUUGAGGAGGCCGAAGGUGACCUCCCCAGGGUCACCGCGCUGUACGAGAGGUGCUUGGUCACAUGCGCUUUUUACGACGAGUUCUGGUUCCGAUAUGCGCGAUGGAUGCAGGCGCAGCCCAACAAGGACGAAGAGGUCCGCAACAUCUUCCUCCGCGCAGUUACCUUGUACGUGCCAAUUAGCAGACCUGGCAUCAGGCUGCAGUUUGCCUAUUUCGAGGAAACGUGCGGGCGUAUCGAUGUGGCCCGCGCCGUCCACGAGGCUAUCCUGAUGAAGAUACCAAACUGUGUUGAGGCGAUCAUCUCAUGGGCCAACCUGCAGAGGCGACAAAGCGGUCUCGAUGCGGCCAUUGAUGUGUACAAGGCGCAGAUCGACUCUCCAGGGGUUGACCUCUACACCAAGGCUGCCCUUGUCACGCAAUGGGCCUUGCUCCUGUGGAAGGUGAAGGGGUCUGUCGAGGAGGCGCGGACCGUCUUCCGUUCGAAUGUGCAGUGGUACUCUGACAGCCGGGAGUUCUGGAGCAAGUGGCUGGACUUUGAGCUCGAACAGCCGACCAACACGGAGCUGGAAGCGGAGCAUGGCAAGCGCAUCGAACACGUCAUUGACGAAAUGCGAGCACGGAGUCGCAUGUCCGUGGCUACGAAGAAGCACCUGUGCGGAAAGUAUUUGAACUACCUUCAGCAGCGCGGCGGCGAGGAUUCCAUGAAGAAAUUCCUGCUGAUCGAUCGCGAGAUGUUCGGCCCUCUGUCCAUCUCCAAGGACAAGUUUGCAGCCAAGGACAACGGCGUGCCCUUGGGCGAACUUGACGAGGCCACACAGCAGAAGGCUGAGGCUCACUACUUCAGCUUUUACGAACUUCAUGUCGACGCGGACCCCAAAGCGAAUGGCCCCGCUGAUUUCCACUGA